AUGACUAUCAUUCAGAUGAGGGAGCUGCUGCAGUUCCCUGAAAAUGGAAACAAUGCCACCGAUACUGUCAUCAACGGCAUCCAUUUCAACCGCACGGCGCUGGGCUAUUUCAACUACACUUUAUACUCCAACGGGACGCUUUCGAACGGAUCGAAUUGCUGGCUUGCUUUCGAAAAGUAUAGACCUAGCAUGUUCUCCAACGGCACUUUUAUCAACGGUACCUCUUGUUAUUCUCCGAUCGAUGGGGUUGGGACUCGAGGUAGUGUCGGGAUUGCUUUUGCAACCCUGUUCGCUCUUACGAUCCUAUUCUCGCUGAUUAACCUCAAUAAACAUGGCCGGAGGUAUUUGCCUCUAGAUAAGAGAUGGAGCUUGGUUGGAAGGAGAUGGCAGUGGUACUGGAUGCUUUUCGUUGGAGCCUGUGGGACGAUUAGCUGCUUCAUGAGCAUCGAUGUCGAUCGAGAUUAUUUGCAAGGAAUGGCGAUUAUCCUGCAAAGUUUCUUCUAUUAUUUGAUCUUCCCAGCAGUACUAGCUGUGGUAUGGGAAGGUGUUCGGCAUUGGGGUUCGUGGCAGGAACGCCAGAUUCAGGACCGCGACAAUUUCGCAUUCGCUGCUGAAACUAGUCGAGAGAAACAGGAAUUCUACCUACCGCUGUUAUUCUACCUCUUCGCGUUCAUGAACUUCUUUUUGACCAUUCCGAGGUCGUGGACAAAUGUGCAGAAGCAGCGGAGUUUCAGCCAGCAAGAGGAUUUGGCAAAGCCGACUGCAACCGAUGGUCGUUUCAAGUCUGCUAGUAUUAUUGCAGUAGCCUGCCUGUUUAUCAUCUGCUACAGCCUCGGUCACAGCCUGUACAGGUACAAACACCGGCCUCAGGGACGAAGGUUUAUCCCUUUCUACAUAACCGUUACCCCGUUCAAGUUCGUCCUUGUGAUCCUCCUAGCAGCAGCCCGGAUUGGAUUUGGUAUCGCGUCCGCCUUUGAAUGGACAGUGUCGCCUUUGAAAUACAAUGGCAACGCCGGCUGGCUAUAUGGCCUUGGCUAUACCCCCGUGUUGCUGAUUCUAGUCAUCUUGAACCUGUAUGGAUAUAUCGAUCCAAACGAGGAUAGAGAUCUCAUUCUUCAGCGCGCUGAACGUGGUCGAGUGGCCGACGAGGAGCUAGGCAUCGACCGAAAAGCUUUGAAGCCGCAUUGGUUCAAGCGUUCAAGACCCGAUUACGUUCCCAACAUCUCUGGCGUGGAUGCUGACUCGAGACUGCGAACUCUAGUUGCAGAAGUGGGCGGUGGUGCUGCAACCAAACAGAAUAUUCAGAAAUCGGUUGAAAUGGGCGUUCUCAAUCCCAAGAAAUACCGAGACGAUGAUCCACCUCAAGAGGCUCCGGUAGAGGCUCCAGCUGAAUUUGAAUGGCCUCGGAAAGACAGAUUUGCUGUCUUAGAUGCAGAAGAGAACAAGAAGCCGGAACCAGCGAGUGGUAGCAGCGGACUGAGUACGGAUCCUGAAGCUACCCCCGUUUUAAGUCGCGCGAAUAGUCAAAUCACGGCAUUCUCCGGCGAGACACUUACUUCCCAGGCCAGAGCUCAGAAAGUGAGAAGUAUGUUGGAUAUAUAA